UGGGAGACUGCGUUCGUGUGAUGCUGGCAACACCUACUUUACACUCUCAGUCCUCACUCAACUCGGAGGCAAUCACUCCCACUCAAUUGCAAUCCGAAGCAAAGAAUCAAACCCACUUUCUUUUGAUCAAUCACAUCUAAAAAACAACCCGCCCAUAAAGUAUCCCAAUAAAGCAACGAAAAGCGCGCAUCUAGUAUGUAAUCCCACAGAACAAUCCCACAGUCGUCGCAAAUCAAUCAAACACAGAGAAGGAAAAAAAAACUGCCGCCUCGUAAAGUAGGUACUACAAUAAUCAAAAUCCAAUCCGAAAACGUAUAAAACAAGAAAUAAAAGAGAGGAACGCCCGGGUGCAAUGCAAUGGGGAAAGAGAGAUCUGGUGGUGGUGGUGGUGGUGGUGGUGGUGGAUGCAAAAAACGGAAAGAAAUGAAGAAAAAGAAAUGAAGAAAAAAACACCGGAGUCAAGGAAAAGUUGUGAUGGUGGUAGUAAUCAUUUCAGCUCCUUCUCCCUCACUGCCUCCUCCGUAUCCCUUCUCAUCGGCUUCUCCAUAUCCCCGUCGAAGUACCUCCUCUUCUCCACAUCCUCGGUUUUACUCCUCCUCGUUCCGGGCCGUGGCUUCUCCAUAUCGUCCAACACGCCCUCCGCAAACCUGCGUCUCCCCGCCGUUCUCGGCCUGGACGCCUCCUCCGUGUCCCUCCGUCUCAUCGCGGGCGAAUCCAUAUCAUCCAGCACGCCCUCCUCAAACCGCCUCCUCCUGCCCGCACCGCCGCCCCUUCCUCCCGUAAUCUGCAAAUUCUCCGCCUCGCGACUCAGACUCAUCCCGGACAGCCCGCUCCUAGCACUCUCGACAGUCCUGGCGGUGCCGGGCCUCUCGAGGGCCCUCGCCCGAUUGAUGACCCGAUUCAGCUCGCCGACCUCCUUCACGCUCGGCGGCGGCAUCAUCAUCCAGCCGGUCUCCUCGCCGCCGACGAUCCGCGCGCGCAUCGGCAGCUCGAGCAUGUCGACGGGCUGCACGGGGGUCGACGGGAGCUCGCUGGGCGUGCUGGAGUGGGUGCGCGCCAGCGACGGGUGGUUCUCAAUUUCUUCGCGCCAGGCGUGUGCGGUGGUUUUGUGGGCGCGCGGGUUCCGCGGCCGCGCGACGAAACACCCGCAGCUGAAGAUGUAGAACGUCAGCACCGAGAGGACGCGGGAUAUUUCCGAGGGUUCGGAGGCGGUGGUGGUGGUGGCGGCGGUGGUGGACAUCGCUGCGGGUGGUGAAGGGGUGACACUGGAGGAGGUGGAGAGGAGGUCGAGGAGGAGGGGGAGGUGAAAGGUAGCCGAAGGUGUUCCGCUUCCGACGCAGGGACCAAAAAGGCGUUUUCUCGCGGCACGCUUCGACGAAAGACAGCGCACAGUUCGAAUCGCGAUCGCGGGGAAAACUAUCAAGAAACUGCAAACAAGAAACAAAGAAAAGGAGAGAUAUCGUAUCCUCUCUAGAGUAUCGCAGGAGAGAGAAAGUAGAGUAAUUACAGACCCCAAGCUAUGAAGAUGGUACCCCUG